AUGUCUAUUUCUCAGGAUGAGAUGAAUUAUUUAGUUUACAGAUAUCUCCAGGAAAAUGGCUUUGUUCAUUCGGCAUUCAUUUUCGAGUCCGAAUCUCUCGCAGAUUCAACAAAUAUUUCCGGCUCUCAAAUUCCACCUAACGCUUUAAUUACUUUACUUCAGAAAUCACUUCAGUACAUGAAAUUAGAGAAGGCGAUUCGUCUUGCUAAGGAAGAUCCAAAAUCUCAGGCUCAUGAAGGAAUCGAGCAAAUCGAAAAGGCAUACAAAUAA